GAGAGAGGGAGAGAGAUGGGAAGAGGGAAAAGUUCGUCUUCUUCCUCGAUAGAGAGUAGCAGUAAGAGCAACCCAUUCGGAGGCUCGUCGAGUACUCGGAACCUUAGCACAGACCUGAGGCUCGGACUCGACUUGGGGACAUCUUCAGGGACGCACUAUUUGAACGGUGGUUACGGGUAUUCCGUUGCAACUCCGGCGACGGAGUAUGCGGCGGUGGUGGCGGAGGAAGAGGAAGAAGAAAACGAGUGUAACAGCGUAGGGAGCUUCUACGUGAAGGUGAACAUGGAGGGAGUUCCAAUUGGAAGAAAGAUCGAUCUAAUGUCUCUUAAUGGUUACCAUGACUUGAUCAGAACCCUAGAUUUCAUGUUCAACGCAUCCAUUCUCUGGGCUGAAGAAGAAGGUAUGUGCAGCGAGAAGAGUCAUGUGCUAACAUACGCGGACAGGGAAGGUGACUGGAUGAUGGUUGGGGAUGUUCCUUGGGAGAUGUUUCUGUCUACUGUGAGAAGACUGAAGAUUUCAAGAGCUUACCACUACUGA